CGUCGGGGGCUCCGUUCACAACACGACCAAAAAGUACACUAUUUUCAUUUAUUUAUUCAACCUUUCAAAACUUAUUUUUCCAAACCGUGUAAUUUUUUUCUCACAAUUUUACAACUUUUUUUUCACAUAGUGAAAAGAGGAAGAGGAGAGGAGGAGAGCGUAAAACAAUUACAUGUAAACUGCUGGUCUAAAGCUGGUGUGACAAGUGAACACAAACUUCUUAAACGUAGGCUGCUUCGGUAACUUUUACGAAAAGUUUUAGGCUUCAUUCUUUUGUGUUUUUUUUGUGUGUCAUUGUAAUUAUUGUUCACCAAGAAAUAACAUUGUAUAAUUAAUUCCAAAAAUAUUUAUACAAUCUCUUUUCAUGUGUUUACCAUCAACUUUUCCUGCUACCAUGUCUAUUAUUCGCGUCACCAUGGAAGCAGUCCGUUUGUGACAUGUAUUCGCCAUUUUGACGCCACUUGCAGUAUAGCUAUAGCAGCAAGAAGUCUCCAGCAAGCCAGUUAGCAACCUACUGGACGGAUAAGGACUCGCUUGCAAUCACUCAAUAUAACAGAUGUGAAUUUCUAAAGGUUUAUGUCGUAAAAAACAUGCGACAUAUCACAGAGCACUGAACAAGGUGGUGAGCAGAGCGCCAUUCACUUAUGCCAAGAAUCGAAGAAUAUAUACAAAGCCUUGUUUAAUGCGUUUAAAGGAGACUUCCAGGUUUCUUGCGUGCUGAUUUUCCAGCAGUGACAGUCAAAUCGAGUGUAUAGAACGUGCUUGAAAGCAUCCUCUGUCCACCAAUAGAAGAUGAGAAGCCUAAGCAACGAGCAAUACCCUCAUAGAAAUGGGAUUUCAUUUUUUAUUUCUCGAUUUUGACCACAUCCCAAGAACAAUCAAUAAUGAUAUUUGGAUUAUUACCCCAGGAGCUACACAAACAGCUCCUGGACUCAAAAAACUAUCAGAAUCGAACAAAUGGGGUGGAAGAGCUGAAACAUAUUCUCUUGGACUUGGACCUGAAGCAAAUCCCCUCGGACAAUAUUAUAGAGUUUAUCAAUUUCCUCCGCAGACUACUGGACGACAGCAACUUUAAAGUCUUGUAUGGGACUUUACAGGUCAUAAACCUUCUUAUCAAGAAAUUGGAUUACAAUGUAGAAAAGUAUUCCAAGCAUAUAGCUUGUGCGGCACUGAAAACCCUUGGAGAUACUCGCACUGUCACCAGGAAUGAGUACAUGAAUGUAUUUCUCCAGUUGAUGAGAAGUGUUGGACCACAAAAAGUGUUGGACCUUGUUCUGGGACACUUGAGGCAUAAGAACUCCAGAGUCAGAGAAGAUGUCAUCAAUAUCAUCACGGCUGCUAUGCUCACCCACCCCAGAAAGGAGUUCAAUAUCCCCAGUCUUUGUCUUGAAGUUGCACCUUCCCUGGCUGACAGUAAGAUGAAGGUCCGUCAUGCAGCCCUCGAGCUGUUUGCUGUUUUUGACUGUUGCCUUGACCCAGGGAAAAAGCAGCCCCUGAUAAAGGCUGUGGACAGAGUUGAGCUCAGUGGAGACGUGGAGGGCCUCAUGGCCGCUGUACAUGCCAGAAGGGCCAGACACCUGCUUCCCAAGCUGUCCUCUGAAGGGAUGGUAGAAUACGGCCUUGUGGUCCCCAGGUCUGGACGACGGUCCCAGCAGUGCGGCUCGGGGGCAGACCUGGAGUGGGUGCUGAGCGGAGGGCGGGGAGGCAGUGCCCGCAGUGCCCGACAGCAGCCAGACCCUGACAGGCUGUGUGGCUACGGGAGCCUGGGCUCCCUCACAGACGACCUGCCCCUGCAGAGGAGGAUCGUCAGCGCUGGGAAGGGGAAGAACAAGCUGCCCUGGGAGAGGUCGAGUCUCCCCUACUCAGAGGACGCCCAGCCAGCCCGGGGCCUCCAGACGAACGAGGAGCAGGUCAUCCGUGAAGAUGGGCUGUCCCUGACCAGAAAGCUGAGCCCAGAGACUUAUGUUCCCAGCUUUGGUUCUGCAGAGCCCCCGUCCUCCAGGAGACGAGAGCCGGUGACCAGACUGAGGAGGAGUGGAAGCUUGGAUUCUGAUACGGACAUUUUUAAAUCUACAAACUUCUCUGCCACAGAUGGAGUGGCCACCAGAGGCCGUCUCCUGUCGGGAAACCCUAGUGUGGAGCGAACCUUCUCGCUGCCCUCCAACCCCCCUGCCCAGGGCUCCUUCUUGCUGCCCUGCUACCCGCUGGCGUACCUCACCGCAGGGGGCUCCUCCCCCACCCCGCCCCGCAGGGUGGAGUCCUCUGUGUCCAUGUCCAACACCUGGCCUAACAAGAGGGACAGUAGCCCGCUCUGCAGAGAGCCCAGCUCGUGGACACACUCCUCAGCUGAAGCCAGCUCCAGCAGCUCUCCCUGCCCGCUGCGUGCGUCUCUGGUGAGCUCCUCUUCCAGCACUUCCUGCUUCCGCCGGGCACUCAGCAGCACACGGCUUGCUCUGCCUGUGACUCCAGCCAGCCCCGCCCUCAGAGACCCACUCCAGCCCCAGAGAGACCCACUCCAGCCCCAAAGAGACCCACUCCAGCCCCAAAGAGACCCACUCCAGCCCCUCAGAGACCCACUCCAGCCCCUCAGAGACCCACUCCAGCCCCUCAGAGACCCACUCCAGCCCCUCAGAGACCCACUCCAGCCCCAAAGAGACCCCCUCCAGCCCCUCAGAGACCCACUCCAGCCCCUCAGAGACGACCCACUCCAGCCCCAGAGAGACCCCCUCCAGCCCCAGAGAGACCUGCUCCAGCCCCAGAGAGACCCGCUCCAGCCCCAGAGAGACCCACUCCAGCCCCAGAGAGACCCACUCCAGCCCCAGAGAGACCCGCUCCAGCCCCAGAGAGACCUGCUCCAGCCCCAGAGAGACCCGCUCCAGCCCCAGAACGGCCAGAUUCCCCACCCUCCCCCGGGGGGCCAGCAGGAGAGAAGCCUGCUGCAGGAGCUGUCCCAGCUGGGCCUGCAGGAGCCAGAGGAUGAGUCCCUGGACAGACAGGAGAUGCUGAACUCAUUACGCUCCCUGCGCUGCAGCGCAGCUAAGAAGCGGGCCAAGGUGAGCGUGAGCAGCUCUGACCCAGACAGCCCUGACUCGGCCAUGAGGCUGGACCUGGGAGUGGAGUCCCCGCCCCGGGCCUCCCCCACAGGGGCCAGCCCCGCCAGCGAGAGUAGUCUCUCCAGCCUCUACUCACCGCCCCUCUCCAGCCUCGGAGGCAGCAGGACCAGCCCUGGGAACUCUGCCUCCUCCAAGCCGCGCAUGGCCAGAGUGCCUUCUGCAAAACUGAGGUCUUCCGUGUCAAUGGACUUCAGCUGCCUUCAAGCCUUGCCACCCCAAGAUAGAGUCUCAGCUGCGGUCAGUGUGAUUGGUCAGAGAGUUCCAUACUCAGGAGAAGAGCCCUCCCCCCCUCCUCACAGACCCACCGGCAGAGAGCCAAUCAGAGCUUUGCGGCCAGCCAAAGGUUCCCAGAGCUUCAGCUCCAGAACGUCCCCUGCUUCUGACAUGUGUGAAGGUGUGGUGGGUCGAGGUGUGUUUGGGCCUUCAGGCGGCAGCCAGCCAGCUGUGGCUGUGACAGCAGCGCAGGGAGACCGGCUCCCUGGCCAGCUCCCUGUUGGGGUGCCUCACGAUGGGAUGCAUGGCCUGGUGGUGUCUGGGAGUCACCUAGACACAGAGGACACCAAGGAGAAGACGGGGGCCUCCAGGGAUGCCCUGCCUCAGGCCCAGCCAGGGGCCACGGAGGCCCUGGACUCAGCCCUAAGCACAGAUCUGCAGCUGAACGAUGAAACGCUGGCCCCCAUCCAGACAGAUUCGUCCCCUGAUUCCCCCCCCACCAGCCCCCGGGGGUCCCAGAGCCCCCCCCUCAAGCCCAGCCCCCCCGAGGCACCACCUAACCCCCGAGCCCUGCCUCGCCUGAGAAGAGGCCCCAGCCUCAGCACUACACGCCCCUCUCUGUCACACAGCUCUGACGAGCUCUCUGCAGGCAGCUUGGGGCAGAAGAGAGAUGCAGUUCAGCAGCCACGUCCCUUCUCCAAGCCUGAGCAGGCUCUGGCCCAGAGCUUCAGACUGCUGAACCUGGAGGACUGGGAGAAGAAGAUUGAGGGUGUGGCCAUGGUGAGGAGCCUGGCACUGUUCCAUCCUGGCGUGCUGCUGGGGCAUCUCCACGACGUCUGUGUGGCCCUCAUCCAGGAAGUGAAGAACCUGCGUUCAGGGGUGUCCAGGGUGGCGGUGGGCGCGGUGGGGGAGCUGUUGUGUCAGCUGCAGCGGGGCAUGGACCAGGAGCUGGAGGGGCUGGCCCGGGCGCUGCUGCUGAAGGCCGGGGAGAGUAACGCCUUCAUCAGGCAGGACGUGGACGCUGCCCUGGACAGCAUGGUGCAGCACUGCACCCCCGCACGCUGUACCUGCGCCCUGAUCGCUGGGGGGCUGGGGCACCUGAGUGGCGUGGUGAGGAACCGCACCGCCCGUCACCUGACCAGUCUGGUGGAGAAGAUGGGGGCCACACGCAUCCUGUCUGGAGGGAAGCCGAGCGAGUCCCUCACCGAGCGGGUCCUCCCAGCCAUCACCAGGCUGGCCCAGGACUCCUCUCAGGAGGCUAGGUUCUACGGCCGGCGGAUGCUGCUGUUCCUGUCGUCGCACCGAGACUUUGACAAGAUGCUGGAGAAACACAUCCCUGCCAAGGACUUGGCUGCUGUUAGAGACACCGUGUUCACUCUCAAGACCAAGGGUCUGGGAGAGAUGCCCCAGGACACGCCCUCAGCCAGGGGCCGGCGCUCGCUACCGGGCAGUGGGACGGUCAGAGCCUCGUCUCUCACCAGGGAACCCCUGCUCACACGGGACUGCCAGUCCAGCGGGAGAGGCCAGGUCCAGAGUGUAGCAGAUAAGAUGGAGUACGUGAAGAACAUCUCUGCUCUGAUGGCUUCCAAGGACUUCAGAGAACGCAUCAAGGGCAUCAACCAGCUGGUGUCCGACUGCGAGCAUAACCCCACCCUGGUCAUCAGCAGCAUGUUCCCAGUGUUUGAUGCCUUCAAGGCUCGCCUACAGGAGUCCAACAGUAAGGUGUGUCUGCAUGCUCUGGAGGCUCUACCCAGGAUCUCGUCCCUGAUGAAGGAGCACCUGGGCCCCCUGGUGUACCUGCUGGUCCCAGCCGUGGUGGACAACCACCUGAACUCCAGGAACAGCUCCAUCUACAGCGCUGCCAUGGAGGCCCUCCAUGCCCUCACCCUCAACCUGGACACUAGUCUUCUGCUGCAGCCGCUCUGCAGCAAGGCCCAGUUUCUCAGCGGAAAAGCCAAGGUGGAUCUUGUAGAGAAGGUUGCUGACCUGGUGGCAGAGCUGUAUCCCCGCAGGCCCCAGAUGGUGGAGCAGAGAGUGCUGCCUCUGCUCUGGCACCUCCUGGGUUCACCUGGAGGUAGCGGGAGCGUCCAGGGCCGGGGGGGCCUGCGGGGGGCCAGUGCCAGCCUGUGUCUGGCUCUCCACACCCACAUGGGGCCCAGCCUGGUGGACCUGGCUGCCGCUCAGCCUGCCAACAUCCACACCAGCCUCAACGAGCUGCUCCGGAGCCUUCCAUGACCCGCCCGCUUCCUGCUUUAGAUCCAACACACAAACCAAACCUGGACAACAACAUUGACCUUACUUGAAGACAGAGAUGUACGACAUUUCUACUAGUGCCUGCACUUUUAUCGUUACAGAAAAUGUUACGUCCUUAAAGAUGAGAGCCCUUAAAUCAUCUCUCAUCUCUCUCAUAUAUAUGUUUUCUAAUGAAGCACCUCUCACAGAAACAGCUGUUAGCAUCAGGUCUCACCAUCCCACUCCACCUGCUCUCUUUGCACUUUGAACGCGUUGCUCACCAUCAUGACAGCCUGAUGAUGCUGGAUGUGUCGUCCUAUGACUGGCACCGUUCCUUUUCGUUGAGUAAUCUCACACGUACUGUAGACCAAUCAGAGAAAACCUUGCAGAAUGUAAUAUUUAAAUGCACAAAAAGACGUAAACAACCUGAGAUACGCUGUUUUAUGUCAUCUGCUACUUCUAAAUGUCUUAUCUACGCUUGUUUUUGAGAUUUGUAAGAGUGAAGAUUAGUGACGAUUCUACAAAACACAGGUAUCAAGUGUAAUUUCCCAGUAUUACCCUAAUGUUAUCGGUGUGCUGUACUGUGAAAUGUUACAGUAUAUAAUGUAUAUAUUGUGUAUUUUUGGACAUUUCUACUGUAUCAUGUGUUGGUGUGGUGAGUUACUAUUGUCCUAGUUGUUUUCUUUUGCAUGACCAAAGGGUACUGACAGGAUCAAAAAACAAUAUUUAUAUUUUUUAAGAAAUCUAUAUGUACUAAGAUGCCUAAACCAGCUUUGGGGUUUAAACCAGUCGUGGGUGGGUUAGACAUGUUCAGCUUUACACUAACCAUCGAUACAGGACCACAAGCCCACAUCUCUCCCUUUGGUUUCAGUAUAGUGCCAGUCUUCAAAGUAGCCUUUCACUAUUCUAUUGUUAAAUUAUAUUAACUUGUUUGUUAAUGAGUUAACAAGACAUAUUGCUAUAUAAAUAAAUUGUUUUAUUUCUGUAAA